AGAAUGCCGCAUAAGAAAUUUUGGCAGGAAUUUACUUUGGCAGAUUCUUGGAUUUUCCAGCUAUGAGGCUGAGUAACUAUGCCAGAAAAGAUUCGACAACUGGAGAAAUUGUUAAUCUGAUGGCAGUGGAUGCACAGCGUUUUAUGGACUUGAUGAUGUAUUUUCACAUGAUUUGGUCAUCACCACUACAAAUUAUAUUGGCUGUAUUCUUUCUCUGGCAAACUAUGGGCCCAUCUGUACUAGCUGGUGUUGGUGUCAUGAUUUUGCUGAUACCUGUUAAUGCUGUAAUGGCAUUUAUAACACGGAAGUUGCAAGUAAAACAAAUGAGAUUGAAAGACAAGAGAAUUAAAAUUAUCAAUGAAGUUCUUAGUGGCAUCAAGGUGAUCAAGCUAUAUGCAUGGGAACGCUCAUUUCUUGAGUCCGUAUCUAAUGUUCGUCAAAAUGAGCUGAAAGUUCUUAGGACGAUUUCUUAUGUCAAUGCUAUUUCUGCUUUUACAUGGACUUGUGCUCCAUUUAUGGUUAGUCUAGCAACAUUUGCCACAUUUACACUCACUGGUCAUGAUCUAACUCCUUCAAAAGCUUUUGUUGCUUUGUCUCUUUUCAACAUCCUUCGAUUUCCACUUUCCAUGCUUCCAAUGCUUGUUUCAUUUAUGGUUGAGACCUUUGUGUCAGUUCAACGAGUUACUAAGUUCUUGAUGCAGGAUGAACUCGAUGUAGAUGCUGUAGAACGGAAAGAAAGGCCACCAUUUGGGGAGAAUGAGGAAGUGAUUACUGUUAGUAGUGGUUCGUUCAGUUGGGAGAAGAAUGAUCAACUCAUUCUACAAAGAGUGAAUUUACAUGUCUCCAAUUCCACUCUUGUGGCCAUAGUUGGUCAGGUUGGCUCAGGGAAGUCAAGUCUUUUGUCAGCUCUGUUGGGAGAGAUGGAAAAAGAAAAUGGCCAUGUCACUAUGAGAGGUUCUGUGGCGUAUGCUGGACAGCAAGCAUGGAUACAGAAUGCAACUGUAAAGGAUAACGUCUUGUUUGGCAAACCACUUGAUCAGCAACGCUAUGAUAGGGCUAUUCAAUCAUGUGCUCUUGGACCUGACUUGGAGAUUUUACCAGGUGGAGACAUGACUGAGAUUGGAGAAAAGGUGUAUUAUUUGUAA